CUUCUCUGAUCUUCUCUUUCCAGGCUGCGAGCUGACUGACAGUACCAAAUCCUACACGUUUCAGGUGGACAAGGAAGAUGACUCUGACCACAUUUUGGCCCUGUCUGUGGUCUGCCUCACAGACGGUGCCAAGGACGAGUGCAACGUGGUGGAGGUUGUCGGACGAAACCACGAGAACCAGGAGAUAGCUGUGCCUGUGGCGAAUCUGAAGUUGUCAUGCCAGCCCUUGCUGAGUCUGGACAACUUCAAGCUGCAGCCUCCAGUGACCUUCCGCCUGGCGGCAGGCUCUGGCCCAGUACACCUCGCUGGCUGGCACAGGAUUGUGCACAAGGAAGAUGCUUCCUUUGAGGAGGACGAUGACUUGUCUGCGGAGGAGGAGGAGGUGGAGCUUCCUCCUAUCAUGCCAGCCAAGAAGUAGAGGAGGAAGCAGUAACUUGUCUCCGGGCAAGGUACUCGCUGGGACUUCUCUCCCUGGACGGCUUUUACCUCGGACACCUCUUGCCAGGACCUCAACAUUUGCUGCUUUGUUUUUAUUUUUAUUAUUUUUUCUGUUGUAGCUUCUUGGGGAGCAGGGGCUGCUCCCAGCACUGGGGUGUCUCCUUUCCCACAGCCAUGGGAGGUUGAUCCCAAAACCAGAUGGAUGCUGCUGGUAUAUGCCCUCUCCCUCAUCUCUGUGCUGGGAGUCAGGGAUGGAGGGGGUGAUCCUUGCCCUGUGCCUUUUUGCUGUUCUGAACCUCUGCUCUGUGCACCCCUUCUCCCUACCUCUGAAAUACCCAGUCCUGGCCCUUUCCCAAGUAGAUGGACAUAAAGCCAGCAGUGGGACAGGCAGUUUCACUGAUUCUAGUGUGUUUGCUUUUCUUUACUCACAAUCUGCUUUUCUUUAC